AUGCGGAGCGGGGCUGGCGGCCAAUUCACAACUUCGCCGGGGCAGGCCCUAGCCUCCCCGCCCGCCGCCACCCCGUGCCCCUGGCGUACAGUGCAGCUACUGCCAGUGCGACCAUUAACAGUUUUUAAUAUUAAUAUUGUAUAUUGUUCCCGGAAAGGAGCGCGGAACGCGACGCGGCCGCUUACACAAGAACCCCUCCAAGCCGCCCUUAAAAUGUACGGACUAUUAGUGGAUGGCGAUCGAUUGGAU